AUGAAACGCAUGCCACGUUCAGUUUAUGCUGAUAUAUACGUUAAACAUGCUCAUCAUGUAAAGGGAACGCCGCGAGUUGCGCGGCCGUGGCGACCAAAAGUUAUAGCUUGGGCAGGACCAGCAGCUUUUUAUCGAAAUAGGCAUGUUUCAUUUUAUGAGUUAAAUUCCUGGUAUAAAGCACGGAUAUCAAAGCCAAUACUUUAUCCAAAAAUGUACGUUAUUGAUCCAGACAAUCAUCUGUUAUCAUUGAAGGAACGUCUAGCAGUACCGCAAAUUGAAAGAUAUGAUAUUGGCUUUAAAAAAAGAGAUUUGCUACCAAUCCCGUCUCCACCACUGCAACCGGAAGAUGUUUUGGAAAAGUUGUCCAGAAAAAUGCAGUUGAAAAUAAAUUUGAAAGCGGUAGACCACUGGCAAACAAGUAUUUUUCAUCAUUACCGCAUAUUUGAUGAUCUUUUUCAUGCCAAUGUUUUCCUGCAUAAUACGCAAAAUAUGAAAAUAGAGUGGGAUGGUAUUGCCCUUUAUCAAGGAAAUUUAAUUGACGCUUCUGAUACAAGUAAUAAACCGAACGUGAAAAUUGAAUCUAUUGGAGCUGGUUUCAAUUCAUUGUUAUUGCUAAAUCUUGAUGGAAAUCCAUAUGAAUGUGAUGGUGAGAUUGUCCACUGGUUAGUAGCUAAUAUCCCUGAUGGUGAAUCUGUAAGUGAUGGGACGGAAGUAAUACCGUAUUUACAAGCAUUGCCAUUCAAAGGAACUGGAUUUCAUAGAAUUGUUGCUUUGUUACUACGGCAUAAAGAAGUCAUAGACUUGUCGUCAAGGGAACCAAGAAGUAAUGCAUUAGGAGAUCGCAUCUUUAACGUUGGACAGCUAUACAAAGACUUUGAACAGCAGUGGACUCCUUGUGCCGUUUCUUUUGCUCAAGUUACAUGGGAUCUCUCUGUUAAUAAAGCUUUGCAUCGAAUUGGAAUGAAAUCACCAAUUUAUGAGUACAUGUCUAAUCCACCAUUGAAAAUGGAACAGAAAGAGUUCCCGAUCAAACCACAACCUUUUAAUUUAUAUUUGGAUCAGUUUCGAGAUCCAAAAGAAGUUCAUGCAGAUUUGUUGAAAAGGCGUUUACAAAUGAGAACAGUUGAUAGAAAUCCAGAACAACCGAAAUAUCCGGACAUUGAUUUCGCCAAGCACAAAAAGAGCAUGCCAUUUUGGCAACAUGAUAUUUUGCUUAAAGAAAACUCUGGAUCUGGUCGAUAUAAAGCGUUGUGGAAUAAUCGCAUCAAUUAA